GUGCAUGUGAUGUCAUUUCCGGAUGAUGAGAACCUAGGGUAAAGAUGGCUGCGGUUAUCACACUGAGGGGUUCAUUCACUCUUGUGAGGCGUUUGGCGUCUGCGCACCAGUUCAAACGGUACUGCUCACGGAUUCGUCCGACCCGUCUCGAGCGACCACCGCAUGCCUACUCCAUCACAAUCCCGACGCAACACCGAUACUUCCGAUCCAGUUGUGCUGCAGCUGGACCGGUCUUGCAGUUUAAACUGUCAGACAUCGGGGAGGGCAUUCGGGAAGUAACCGUAAAGGAAUGGUAUGUGAAGGAGGGAGACAAGGUGUCUCAGUUCGACAGCAUCUGUGAGGUCCAGAGUGACAAAGCUUCGGUCACCAUCACCAGUCGCUACGAUGGUGUCAUACGCAAGAUCUACCACGACAUCGAUGCCACAGCGCUCGUGGGCUCGCCGCUGGUUGACAUAGAAACUGAAGGUGGACCGGAGGUGGCUCACGAGGAGGAUGUGUUAGAGACUCCUGCCGUUUCGCACGAUGAACACACACACCAGGAAAUCCGAGGCCACAAGACGCAGGCCACACCUGCUGUGAGACGCCUGGCCAUGGAGAACAACAUUAAGCUCAGUGAGGUGGUGGGCACGGGUAGAGAUGGCCGCAUCCUGAAGGAGGACAUCCUCAACUACCUGGCCAAGCAGACGGGCGCCAUCCUGCCCCCCUCGCCCUUCCACGAGAUCCAGCCGCCACCCCCCGCCCCCACCGCUGCGGCCCCCAAACCCAAAGAGAAGGCGGCCCCCCAGCCCCUGCCUACCCCCGUCAUCCCCCGACCCGUCUUCACAGGGAAAGACCGCACCGAACCCCUCAAAGGAUUCCACAAGGCCAUGGUGAAGACGAUGACUGCGGCGCUGAAGAUUCCCCACUUCGGUUACUGUGACGAGGUCGACCUGACGCAGCUGGUGCGGCUGAGGGCGGAGCUUAAGGGAGUCGCUGAAGCACGUGGCGUCAAACUCAGCUUCAUGCCCUUCUUCAUCAAGGCAGCAUCUCUGGGCCUCCUUCACUAUCCCAUCCUCAACUCAUCUCUGGACGAAGCAUGCCAGAAUAUUACAUACAAGGCAUCCCAUAAUGUGGGUCUGGCCAUGGACACGCUUCAGGGGCUCCUGGUCCCCAACGUCAAGAAUGUGCAGAUGCUGAGUGUGUUUGAGAUCGCCGCGGAACUCAACCGCCUGCAGAACCUGGGAAAUGCGGGCCAGCUGGGGGCUGCUGACCUCACUGGUGGAACCUUCACGCUCUCCAACAUCGGCUCCAUCGGAGGCACCUAUGCAAAACCAGUCAUCCUGCCACCAGAGGUGUCUAUUGGAGCUCUGGGGAAAGUUCAGGUGCUGCCCCGGUUCAACGCUAAGGACGAGGUGGUGAAGGCCCACAUCAUGAACGUCAGCUGGUCAGCUGACCACCGCAUCAUCGACGGGGCCACCAUGUGCCGCUUCUCCAACCUGUGGAAGUCCUACCUGGAGAACCCAGCUGCCAUGGUUCUGGACCUUAAAUAAGGAACUCUGCCCCUCCCAAACCCCCCCCGCCCCCUCCACCCCACCCGCGUCAGCCGUGCCCCCCCAUGACGUGUGUCAAAAGCUACCUGACUGAGGGCUGAUGCAUGGUUGGUCCCCCCCACCUCCCCCCAUCCCCCCAUCCCCCCCACCCCCCCAUCCCGUACCCCCACCUCUCCACUCCCAACCCCCCACCCCCCCCUUAGCUGUACGGACAACUGCACAGACAGAGACACUGGUCCACUCCCAGCGGGGGGAACUCCUCUCUAACGGUCUUUAGUAGGUCUUUGUGUGCUGCUCUGGUGGUGGAAGGUGCCUCUCCCCCUGCUGCCUUACUGAUGUAGAUUUGGUUGAUUUGGUUGCACAGCCGAGAGCCAGUGGAUUAUCCUGAAUGUGAGGAGCUCUGUAACACACGCGCAAACACACUCACGCACCUACACACACACACUACACGGCUCAUACAUAUCCACUGAGGCUCCUGUGUUCAUAAAAGCUGUCUUCAUCACACCUGAGCUGCUGUCUCCAGAUCAGAUGUUGCCGUGGUGACACCUGCCAGGUCUGGGCCUUUGCUGUUACAGAGCCCUCUGCUCUCCUCAUAAAGCAGCUCAACCGCAGAAUCCAGGCCUCAUAGACCGGGCGCCCAGAAAGUUCAGACUGUUUUCGAAAGGUAGAAAUGGUUCUUGCCUUGUUUUCCGCAAACCGUGAAGGUUAUCUCAGUUGCCCUUUGGUGAGGAUUUUGGUUUAACAGAAGCCUGAAGUCAAACAGCUUCACAGCAGUCCUCCGUCUUACCGGAUGUUUUGCCAGUAACAGUGUCUUCCCAGGAAAAAAAUGUUUAAUGUAGAGCAGCUUUUAAAGGAACCACUCACUGUUAAUGAUUCCUUAGAAUGUAUACGUUCAUCAGUUCUGUUCCAGAACUCCAAUCUGUGAUGGCUGGCUGGCUUUCAAGAGCUACACUAAUUCCUCAUCAAAGUUGUUCUAAGACAAACCUUUAUAGGUUCUGGUGGAGAUAAAUAAUAUUAAAAAAAAAAAAAAAACUACUUCCGGAAGUGCAUCUUUUUAGGUAUGGUUUCUGUGGUGCUAAUUUUCUAGAAUGAACUGAACUGCUUUUGUUUGCUGUCACGUGAUGUCUGCAUUUGUCUUUUAAACUAUCAUGUUAAUGGGUAGGAUGCCUAGCACCUUUGUUUGCUUGACAUUUUGGGAAACUGUACUGUAAGUUACCAGUAUUUAGGGGGCUAACUGCCACUGGCAGAGACCGAUGAGAUUUCUUUUCGUUACUUUGCUGCAAUGGUCACUGUGUGUCAUUUCCUUGUGUGUGAAUGAGUGUGUGGAGCCUGAAAAACCUUUUAAUAAAGUUGACGUGUCUGUAA